AUGGCUCCAGGUAAAGUAAUGGAUGCUGAGGCCAAGAGCAAUUACUACCGAGAGAUAGUGACUAAAGCUGUCAACGACACAUUCCACCUUCGCGACGAAGCCCAAGACAUCAACAUUGCGCACUUAGAGAUCGCCUGUGAUGCAGCUGUUGAGUUCGCCCACAGAUUCAAUGAGCACAAUCCAGACAAGAAAUUCAACCCACGAUGGCUGUACCACUGUGUACAGAGCAUUCUCAGCAUCUACUUCAAGCCUGAGCUCAUGCUUGACGGCAAAAUUGAACGACUGACUGCUGCUGCUGCUGCUGCUGCUACUCAUGCAGCCCAACAAGACAGCCAGGAGGAGGAAGAGUGCGCUGACACGGCAGAGCCCAGUGCUCCCCAGCAUGCCCAUGUUGUGGACCUGUCGGCCUCGCCAGAUGAUACAGCUCCUCAGAAGGAUGCUGCUGCAGCAGUCUUUCGACGACCUGCUGUUCCUGCCCCCCCUGUCAGAGAGGGCAGCCUGGCAUGGACUGAGGACGACAUCAAGCAGAUGGUCCAGCUGAAGGCCUCGGGCCUUACACACAAGGAGGUUGCACACCGCAUGGGACGAGGUGUAAGCUCCGUCGAGAACAAAUUCGGUCGUGUGAUGAAAGACGGCGACUGGGCUGCCUUCAUCGCCGAGUGUGGCCUGCGAAACCCCACCGGCAUCAAGCGCAAGACACACGACAAGACAUACAAAGAGGACAGUGACGGUGACCUGGAGGACGAUGAGGAUGCAAGGCCUCCCCCUUUCAAAAAAGCGCGUUCGGCUCCCAAGAUACCGCACAAGUCUCGCCAGCAGUGCAGGGCUCAGUAG